AUGGCGAACGACAAGCAGAGCCAUGGCUUGUACUGUCAGAAAUGCCGCACACCCAUCGACAUCGAUGCCUCCAUCGACCAGCUCAACCCUGCAGCUUUUAAGCUUCUGACUGACUCAACUGUCACAGCUCAGCAGCAAAGCCAGAAGAACAACCCUCCCCGCCAGUCGCGCCCCACAUACCCGUCUUCAAGACAGCAAACCUACGAAACAGCGAUACAGUCCGCAAGAAAUCCCACGUUCAAGCGCAAUGUACCCUCUUCAAGAUUUCAACAUGGCGGUCAGAACCCUGCCAUGUCCUUCGUCAACGUACACAUGUCCGAGUCGAUGAUGGACCCACUAGAGCAACCACCAACCCCAGUACGUAGCCCAGACCAGCAGGCAUCAGCAGAAGUAGCACCCACACAGCCUAGUACAACCGAGCUUUCAAGACGAGCGAGCGUUACUGCAGGUUCAGGGGUAGUUGGAGGAACGAGCUUGGCAGAUGGCUUGGAGACUACACAACGCAUGUUUGAGAUACUGUCUGCGCGCUCAGACAUCGAUCACCCAAUAUGCGUUGAGUGUACAGAGCUCCUUGUGGACGGCCUACAAAAGCGACUCGGAGUAGCGACACGAGAACGCGAUGCCUAUGUAGACUAUCUCCGCCGUGCUAACACCGACGUGCCCAGCGCUGAGGAGGUCAAGGCCGCUGAUGCAGCUCUGAAGGCAGCAAAGAAGGCCGAGGCCGCUGCAAUUGCCAACCUUGAAAAGCUAGAAGCAGAAAAGGUGGAUUUAGAUGCCCAAUUGGCCACUCUCGAAGCCGAAGCUCGCCAGCUCGAUCAGGAAGAGGAGGACUUCUGGAGAGACAGAAACGCCUUCAACUCUACCUUAACAGAGUUUCAAAAUGAGCGUGAUGCUCUCACAGCACGACACGCCCACGAUACUCAGAUCCUCAACCAGCUUCAACGUAGGAGCGUCUACAACGACACAUUCAAUAUAACACACGACAACCAUUUUGCCACCAUCAACGGACUACGACUUGGACGUCUUCCUCAUCCCUACGUCGACUGGCCAGAAACUAACGCCGCUUGGGGCCAGACGUGCCUCCUCCUUGCCACACUGGCUGAACGCUUAGGUUACAAGUUCCAAAAUUACGAACUAUCCCCGAUGGGCUCCACCUCCACGAUUCUAAAACACGAAGUCAAGAACGGUGCUUCUGUUGCCGACACUCGCACCUCGACGGCCAGUUCGCCCAAUGUCCAAAAGCAGCGUCUCGAACUCUACUCCUCAGGCGACUUCCCCAUCAACUUCGGCUUCCUGCACCGGAAGUUUGAUACCGCUAUGGUCGCAUUCCUCGAAUGCUUACGACAGCUUGGCGAAUUCGUGGAGAAUCAAGGUGUCGAUGCUGGAAGCAGCUUGAGAGUGGGCAUGGGUGGGCCAGGUGUCAAGAUGCCGUACGAGAUACGAAAGGAUCGAAUCCAUGAUCAGAGUAUCAAAUUGGCGCUGAACAAAGAAGAGAGCUGGACCAAGGCGUGCAAGUACACGCUGACGUGUUGCAAAUACCUGCUUGCGCACGCGAAUAACGUCGAGAGUAUGGCAGCGCGCAGGAGGUGA